AUGUCAAAUUCGUCAUCACUUAUAGUACAAGAUAUUAAUGAAUGCUUUGAAUUUCGAAAUGAGCUACUUAAGGCCAUCUCAUUUAUUCCAUUUGGUAUUUGCUCCACUAUAUCUAAUAUCAUCCUAAUAACUGCCAUACUACGAAACAGCCACUUGCGUUACCGCCACGAAAUGCAAAUCGUCUGCGCCCUGUCUGUUGCUGAUUUUGUUGAAGCAUUUGCAACCUUUUGUGGCGGUGUUUAUCGUAUAAUGGUAAUACUUUUGAAUUCGAAAGAUCAAAAGUUUCAUCUUCUCCAAUGUAUGUUAUUGCCUCACUCUUGGUUAUGGCGUUGGUCUGAUUUCGCUACUUCAUUUAUGCUAUUAACAACAACAUGCGACCGGAUACUCUCAGUGAUUUUUCCACUCAAAUACAUGAGAUGGCGAUCCACAUAUUCUUAUAUCGCUAUUGGAUUACCAUAUGUAUUAUCAGCACUGUUAUCAAUGUUUGCUUGGCAUCGAUCCGUUACAGAGUAUGCUGAAAUAUCAAUGCUUUGCACGAACGUUUACAUUUCACCUAUCUUUUAUAUGUUCUCUAAAUAUUUGACCGCUGCAUCAAGUAUGCUUAGCGUCAUCCUUUAUAUUCCUACAAUUUUCAUCGUUAAAAUACAAAGGAAACAAAUGUCACAUAUUUUAACUAAUUCACAGAUAGCUCGUCAGCACAGAGCGCAAGUACGAAUGACAAUGACAUUAGCAAUUUCAUGUUUUGCGACAUUCUUUCUAGACGCCUUGCCUCGAGCCAUGGGUAUUUAUGGCAUUCUAGACGAGAAUCCAACUGAAGCAGGGAAACAAUGUGAGAGUGCAAUGCAAGUAUUAUUUCAUUUAACAAAACUGAAUUCGAUUAUCAAUUUAUUUCUUCACUAUCAUCGUAAUCCUACACUUCGCGAAUCUGUUUUGAAUGUUGUUCGCAUGUUUUACAUUGGUAAAUUUUUGAUUUGGAAUUUACAAAAUUCAUUUUCAGCUUUAGAAUAA